AUGCCAGAAGGCCCAUCAGUGAGGAAGUUCCAGCUGCUGACCUCCCCUUUUGUGGGACAAGUGGUGGCCAAGGUGGGGGGAAGCAGCCGGAAGAUCAAUGUGAAUGACCUGAAUGCCCUGAGGCUCCAGGACUCCCAGGUUCAUGGGAAGAACUUGUACCUGGCAUUUGUGACAGCUGAAGGUCUCUUAGGAUCAACUGCAGAAGAGCCAGUGCUGCAAGGAGAGGCUGCUAGUGGGGCAAGUCCUGCUGUCCAGGGAGGGCAAGAUGAUGUUUGUGCUCCACAGACCCAUCCCCAGGAAGAGGACCUGCAGGAACUCCAGUACGCAAGAUCUGAAGCCCCAGACGCAGCAGGGGGGCUGGGCAGCUGGCUGCGCUUCCACUUCGGCUUGUUUGGCAGCAUUCGGGCAAACGAGUUUUCAAGAGCAAACAAAGCUAACAAGAGGGGAGACUGGAAAGACCCUAUACCCAGGCUGGUUCUGCACUUUGAGAGUGGAGGCUUCCAUGCUUUCUACAACUGCCGAAUGCACUGGUGCUCAUCUCCAAGGGCUGAUCCUGCUUCUGACAUACUGUCUGUGGAGUUCCACCGUGGCCGGGCGCUGGAUGCCCUCCGCACACCUGAUCCCAUCUGCUACACCCUCUUAGACCAAAGAUAUUUUUCAGGGCUGGGGAACAUCAUUAAGAACGAGAUCUUGUACUUGGCCAAGAUCCACCCGUUAACACAAGGCUCUCUCUUGGCCGUCUCGGAUCUGGAGCGUCUGCUUGACUGUGCAGUUCGGUUCAGCUCUGACUGGCUGCACAACAAACUGCACGGCGAAGGGCUGCACCCACAGAUCUACCAGAAGGAGCAGUGUCCACUUGGGCAUGCAGUGAUGAAGGCAACCCUUGGACCCCCAGGUGGCUUUAAGAGACUUACGUGGUGGUGUCCUCAGUGCCAACCUGCGGUGCUGUCAGAGGGUGGGGAUCCUUCCCCGGUCACCAAGUGA